AUGGAUAGAUAAUAGGAAGUAAGACACAUUGAAAAUCCUUAUCCUCCUUUUUAGGGCAGCAACUUUAAUUUAGAUAAGGAAAGAAAGAAUAUUUUGUUAUUGCUACUUGAAAAUAUCGAUAAGUUUUACAAAAAUGUAAAAGUUGGAGAAAAGAGAGCAAUCGCUUCAGAAUAAAAAUAGUCUGAUGUAUAAUAUAAUAUGUUUGAUGGAGCUGGAAGCUAUUUAAUAGCCUAUGUAAAGCUGUUCUUAUUUUUCCAAAGAAUAAAUUAAGCAGAUUCAAACUUUCUUGAAUAAAAUACUCCUAAUUAGCUAAAAUAAUAUUUAAAGAAAGAAAAAUAUGAAUAGGAUAUCGUCUAAUAAAUCCAAGUUUUAGAAAAUUUGAUUUAGUAAAGUAAAUUCAGAGAUAUAACAUUCUUCUUUUCUCCUGUUGGAGUUUAUCUUGUCUCUAUGAUAUACUAUAACGAAGUCAAAGACUAAAAAAAAUUUGAUAAUAACUUAUAAAAGAUUUUAGAAUUUACUCCUGAAAUAAUUAAAAAUUAAAAUUCUCCUAAGUUAUAUCAUGAAAUAUUGUAUGGUACAUCAGGCUAUUUAUAUAAUCUUCUCUUUAUAUAAAAGAAUUUUUCUGCCAUGAUCAAUGCAAAUACAAGUAAAAUGCUUGUUGAAUGUAUAGAAAAAAUUUUUACAAUAAUCAUAAAAGCAGGGUAUACAAUGAAAGAAGACGAUAUAGGCUUCAGAUUAACAUAUAAUUUUCACUAAAGAGAAUAUCUAGGAGGAGCUCACGGAUUAUUUGGAAUUUGUUAGAUUCUUAUGGCUACAAUAAAAUAAAACCCUUAACUUAAAUAAAUUCAAAACGUAAAUGUUGAGAGCCUUAUUUAGAAAUCAAUAUUAUUUUGUGCCUCUUUGUAAAUGUAAUCUGGAAAUUUUCCAUCUGGAACUCAUCGUAAAGAGACAGAUUUCUUAGUUUAAUUUUGUCAUGGUUCUCCUGGAGCAGUUGUUCCUCUAAUAUUAGGAUCUUAAUUAUUUGGAGCAUAAAAUUUGUUGGAAUCAGCUAAAAGGGCAGGUGAAGAUAUAUGGAAAUUUGGUAUUCUAAAGAAGGGUUACGGUAUUUGUCAUGGAAUUUCAGGAAAUGCCUAUGCUUUUUUACCUCUUUAUAAUAUUACUAAAGACUUAAAAUGGCUUUAUUACUGCUUUACUUUUCUUUAAAUAUAAAAAAAUAAAUAAAUAAUGGAUAUAAUCAAUAAAUUUGACUUACCAGAUAGAUAUAUGGUUGGUGUUUCUGACUAUCCUUUUAGUUAUAUGAUGGGUCUAGCUGGAGAUAUUUCUUUAUUUACAGAUUGUCUUUAUCCUGAAUAAUCUUUAUUCCUAGGUUUUGAAUUAUGA